AUGCAUUCUGAUAGAGGUUGGAUAUAUGCAAGACUAAAAGAUGGUCUACUAAAUCCUUUAUUUCUUGAAGGAAUAAAUGAAUUCAUAUCAGCUGCCAAACAGUUUCCAGACUGUUUAAAUGGAGAACUAAUUAGGUGUCCAUGUAAUCGAUUUAAGUGCCAAAAUCGCAGUUUUGAAGAUGAGAGUACAGUUAGGUUUCAUCUGAUGAAAUAUGGGUUUGUUAGAGACUAUUAUGUGUGGUAUUUGCAUGGCGAAAUUCAAAACUACAAUGCGGUCCAUGGGAGAAGUAAUGAUUCGACUGACAACACUUGCAAUAUAGAAUAUCAAUAUGGUGAGUUCUCUAAUGCUUACAAACAACUAGUUGUAGAUGCAGCAGGACCUAGUUUCUCCCCAUCAAUAAGUUAUGAGCCUCCAAACCAAUCUACUCAGAAAUUGUAUGACAUGUUGGCCGCUGCUAAUCAGGAAUUGUGGCCAGAUUGUGAAAAUCAUUCACAACUGUCAGCUGUGGCAAGGAUAUUGAAUAUCAAAUCUGAACAUCAUUUGUCUGAACGUUGCUUUGAUAAUAUUUGCCAAUUCAUCAAAGAAAUUUUACCUACUGAUAAUUUGUUUACUGAUAAUUUCUACUCUACAAAGAAAUUACUUGAAGGCUUGGGAUUACCAAUUCAGAAGAUUCAUAGUUGCUUAAAUGGUUGUAUGAUUUAUUGGGGUGAGGAUAAUGAAUUGCUCAGGUGCAAGGUGUGUGAUCAUCCGAGGUACAAACGAUUGCGAGAUAGCCAGAGCUCUAGUAAAAUCCAAGUUGCUUAUAGUAAAAUGUAUUACAUGCCAAUCACACCUAGACUACAAAGGUUGUACGCAUCUAAUGCUAUAGCUAAGGAUAUGACUUGGCAUGCCACUCAUGGGAUUGAUGAUGAUUUAAUGCAUCAUCCAUCUGAUUUGCAUGCAUGGAAAGCAUUUGAUAACAAUUGGCCUCAUUUCAGUGCUGAGAAACGUAAUGUCCGUCUAGGACUGUGUAUUGAUGGUUUUCAACCCUUCGGAUAA